AUGACCCCCGCAGAACUGGUAAACACUAAACAAGAGAAAGAUGAAACCUUGAGGGCUUUCAUGUUGAGAUACAACGAAGCAGCUAGGCGUGUGAAAGAUGUUAGUCACACAUUUAUAAUAAGCAACCUACCUUCAUGUCUGAGGCCAGGCUACUUUGCCGAACAACUAUAUGCCGAUCCUCCAAAGUCUAUCGAAGAGCUCCAAGAAACGAUAGCUAAAUUCGUUGGUGGACCUCCUCGCAAGGAGGCGGGGUGGACGUCCAAGUAUGACCGCUACACCACACUAAAUGCCCCCAGGGCCAAAGUGUUAGAAGAAGCUCUACAGGCCGAGUUGCUUACCGUGCGACGAAAAGCCACUCCAAAAAACGCUGACGAAAGCAAAACUUGCAGGCUUCACGUAAACCAGGGCCAUGAUACCGAGGAGUGUCAUAUGGUGAAAGAGGAAAUAGAAAGACUCAUCAGGGCAGGAUAUUUGCAGGAGUACGUAAAGGACAGGGCGUCCCGAGCCCCAACUCCCCGAAGAAGAGAAAGCGCUCGUCCAAGUCCGGAACGAUCGUCGCGUAGGGAGGAAGAAUCCAGGCGACGAUCGCGGAGUCGUUCCAGACAACCACAACGAGAAAGGACCAUUCGGGGACGAAUUGACACCAUAUCCGGAGGCUUUGCAGGAGGGGGAGCGUCGGCAUCGGCUCGAAAGAGACACCUAAGAAGCCUAAAAUCGGUGCACAUGGUGGGCAGACAACCCCGAUCAUUUCCCAGCAUUACUUUUACCGAUGCAGAUUUUCACGCGCCCGAUUCGGAGCAGGACGACCCCAUGGUCAUCACGGCUGAGAUAGCCCGAUAUGAGGUGACAAAAGUGCUUGUAGAUCAAGGUAGCUCAGUCAAUAUUCUAUACUGGGCAACCUUCCUGAAAAUGGAUUUGUCCGAAGAUUUAAUAGCCCCAUUCAACGAGCAAAUCAUAGGCUUUGCAGGUGAAAGAGUGGACACACGAGGAUAUCUCGACCUUCGAACUCGACUAGGGGCAGGUGACGUGGCGAAAGAAUUAAGAGUCAGAUUCUUGCUAGUGGAGGCGAACGCUUCAUAUAAUGCUUUGUUAGGACGACCUUGUCUAAAUGAGUUUGGAGCUAUAGUUUCCACGCCGCAUUUGGCCAUGAAAUUCCCUACAAAAGAAGGAUCCAUAUGUACGGUGAGAGCUGAUCAACGAACAGCCAGACAAUGUUAUGUGGCCGGGCUAAAAGUCACUCCUUUCAUACCACCCAGGAAAACAAGAGGAGCCGAAACAGCUGCUAUUGAAUUAGAUCCAAGAACCGACUUGGACGAACGUCUGCACCCGCAGGGCGACGUUAAGGCCUAUUAG